AUGCAUUGCAUUCUCCAUCUGGUUAACACUACCAAUAGAUUUUUGAUCGCCAAUACAUUGAACAAGGUAUUCCAAUUUGUCUUUACUAUUAAGCCUCAUAAUCAAAAUCUACUUUUGUUUGCUAAACGCUCAUCUACCUCUCUCCUAAACUUUUCAUUUGAUUCUGAAUCUGUUCAAAAACACCUUGAGGCACUUGACAAAUAUAAAUCUGCUGGAGAAGAUCAAAUAAGUCCUUACGUUCUUAAAGCAUGUGUCACCACAAUAGCAGCUCCGUUUGACAUAAUUUUUCAAUUGUCAAUGGAACAAGUAAUUGUACCAAAGGCUUGGUUUGUAGCUAAAGUAACUCCAUUGUUUAAAAACAGUUCUAAGACCGAUCCUACAAACUACAGACCAAUUUCCAUCACUUCUGUACCAUGUAAGAUAAUGGAAAGACUGAUUAAAGAUAAGGUCAUGCAUCACUUAUUAUCUAACAAUCUUCUCUCCCAAUGUCAACACGGAUUUAUCAGCAAAAAAUCAUGCACUACAAAUUUACUCGAAACUAUGGACUUUUGGACCUAUACUGCAUCACAAAUGCGACCUGUUGAUGCCUUAUUUCUCGAUUUUGCCAUUUGA